GGAACACUCCACCGCCUUGUAGCCGGCUGCUGCCCGAGCGUUGACACCGAAGCAGGUUGCCUGUGGUUCUGUAAUGUUGUGAAUGUCGGACUCCGGGGAGGGAGACUUCUUCGCUGCCGAAAAGGAGGUUUACUUUCCGGAGCAGUUGCGGAACGCGCUGACCAUGGCUUCCAACUUCAAUGAUAUUGUGAAGCAGGGGUACGUGCGGAUACGGAGUAAGAAACUAGGGAUACACUGGAGAUGCACCUAUAAACUCCCAACGCUUGAGAUCUUCAGGAGGUGUUGGCUGGUGUUUAAAAAGGCUUCCAGUAAGGGACCUAGGCGGUUAGAGAAAUACCCAGAUGAGAAGGCAGCGUACUUCAGAAGCUUUCACAAGAUCACGGAGCUCCACAAUAUUAAGAACAUUACACGGAUGCCUCGGGAGACGAAGAAACAUGCGCUGGCAAUCAUAUUCUAUGACGAGACGUCCAAGACCUUUGCCUGUGAGUCAGAGCUGGACGCAGAGGAGUGGUGCAAGCUGCUGUGUGUGGAGUGUCUAGGAAGCCGUCUGAAUGACAUCAGCCUGGGAGAACCAGACUUGUUAGCAGCGGGAGUGCAGCGGGAGCAAAACGAGCGUUUCAAUGUGUACCUGAUGCCCACACCUAACCUGGACAUCUAUGGCGAGUGUACCAUGCAGAUCACCCAUGAGAACAUCUACCUGUGGGAUAUCCACAACGCUCGCGUCAAACUGGUCAUGUGGCCUCUCAACUCACUAAGGAGAUACGGACGAGAUUCUACCUGGUUCACCUUCGAGUCAGGAAGGAUGUGUGAUACGGGGGAGGGUCUGUUCACGUUCCAGACGAGGGAAGGAGAGAUGAUCUACCAGAGAGUCCACUCAGCCACCCUAUCCAUCGCUCAGCAGCACGAAAAGAUGAUGGAGGAGUUAAAGAAGAGCUCACAGACUCACUCCAACCAGACAAAAUUAAGCAAGUCCAUCUCCCUGCCUCGCAGUGCCUACUGGCAUCACAUCACGAGGCAGAACAGCGUGGGUGACAUCUACAGUUACCAAGGUACUAGCUUGACGAUGACCCUGAUCCCCCGAGCACAGACCUUCCCCAGCUUCCUCUCCGAACAGACAGGAGAGGACCAGGAAGAGGCUCUAUCCCCCUCCAGUGGCUAUGACUCAAACUGCAGGCAGGGGAAGUUCCAAUGACAAGCACUUACAUGCCAAAACUGGACAUUCCAACACUUUAGAAAAGCUGUAGAAAUAUGUAUAGGAACAUGUAUAAUAUAUUGUAUGUUAAUAAAUUAUGAAAAUAGUGUUAAUUGUAGAGUGGUACAUAUACUUCUGAAAGGGUUAUUAUUCUAUACUUUUUGUACCUGUUGUGAGACAACAUAGACUAAAACAAAUGCACCAAAAAUGAUUCUUCUUGUAGUUUUUCAAAUGGGAGGCAUACCAUAUUUGUCAUAAUGUUUGUGAGUUCUUGGUUUCACUGGAAAGUCCCUUGUUGGUUAAAUGUACUACAUUUCAGAAGCAACGUCUUUUUUUAUGAUUUCAUUUCCCCACACUGAUGUUCUGACACCUACUGAGUAAUAUUCAUGUAAUGUCCACUGGUAUUUUAGAUUAACCAGAGUAUCAUGUCAGUCCAUUUGAAAAUGGUUCACUGGUCUUGUAUUUUCAAUUACAAUAUUCAUUGCAACUCCUCAAAGCAUGACAAAAUGUAUACAAUUUAAAUAUGUGAAUACCACCUUUUGGCUAUAAGGCAAACUGACUAAUGUCCACUAUCUGAGGCUAACCCUCGUGAACCAGCUGUUUGUUCGGCUUCUGUUCGGUCUGACUACUGAUGUUUCCCAGUCCUUUCGCCCUGUCCUUGUGAGCCUCAGCCAAGUGCCUUCGGAAGCAUGCAGAGGGCAGUGUGUCAGUGCUGUACCAGAACCCACGGGCUGCGUCUCUGGGGCCCCUGUCUGUCAUGUUUGGUGAUGAGUUCUAGCACAUCUACACCCUCUGUCAGCUCAUGUCUGGAGCAAGACAUUCUUUUGAGUGAUUCUGGAAUUCUUCCUACAUUCACAGAUUAUCAAAACACAAAUUAUCAAAAGAAAAGGCUAUUUUGACAAGAAAAGACAAUCAGUUUAUUGAGGUAUACAGAUGAGGAUGUCAGUUCAAGCACUUAAAAUUAAGCUUCUUUGUUGUUUGAAUUAUUUGUCAGAGUUUGAUUCUUUUUAUAGAGGUAGGUUUAUAUAUAAUCCCAGAAACGUCCAAGGCACAGAAUAAAAUAUCCAUUAAUGUCCUGUAUUUAGAUAUUAUCGUUGCACAUAAUUUGCUGUUAGCUUAACACUAGAUGAAUCAGUUAAACCUAAACAUGGGUUGAAUGAACAAAGAAAGUGUCCUUCUAGAAUAAGUCCUCAGUUUCCAUGUAAUACAAUGAUAACUGUGUAAAACGUAAUUUGUCUGGUGUAAUUCAUCUGUCUAGACAAUUUUAGACAACUGUAAAGGGAAAAGGUAGUUCCAGGUAUAUUUGAGUAUUUAUAUAACAGAGAAAGUAGUUCCAGGUUUUUUCAUUUUGACAUCCAUAAUGACGUUUUCCACUUUAAAUCCUAUGUCCAGUUAUGUCAACCACAUCUCGUUUGAAUAUAAUAUAGGAGUACACAGCAGUCCCGGGCUAGGCAUCUCUGGUCCUGGAGAGCUGAAAAGCAACUGGUUGUCGACCGUGGCUAAUCAUAGACUAAUGAGACCUGGGACAUCAGGUACAAAUAACACAGCCAGGACCAGAAGCGCCGUUCGCUUCCACAGAUGUUGUUACUCUUGAAUGUCACUACACUUUGUACAAACUACACAUAUGUUCCUGUCACCUCAACCACAGUUUGUUGUUGGUUUAAAAUCUCAUGCGCUAUGGGAAACGCUGGGGUUUGGUUACUUUGUUGUAGUAUUGGUUUAUAGCACUUUAAAAACACUGUGUAGAAUUUCCUGACUCAUUCAUUGUAUAUAUGUUGUUUUUUUUGAUGUGGAAAGAGAAUAAAUUGAAUGUACAUUCUGUCAAGGUAUGAAGAGUUAUUUCAUUGUCACGGUUACAAGUAUAAUGCAUUUCUUGUCCUAUUGACCUAACAUGCAACACGGCUAAAUGCUAGUGCAUAACCAGUCAGUGAUAAAGUGACCAGGUCGGGAUUUAAUCAAAGGUGCAUUGUAGACUCUUCAAAGUCCAAUCUUCUGAAUGUAUUAAAAAUCCUGUUCAUGUUAAAGGCAGAUGUUACAGUAGCUCAAGCAUAAAUGACCUGUCAAGUGCAAUGCACUCAUCUAAAAUGUGCCUUUGAUAAAAUCCUGGCAUAACAACAGCAGUAGAAAAGACCAACUUAUUACAAUAUAAUAGCUUUUAUUAAGUCCACAUGAGGUCACAGUGAAAUGUUUACUAUCAGCACCUAGUGUACUGAUCCAGUUAAGGACAAUAAAUGAACAAGACUAAAACCCUGUA